AUGACCCGAGGAAACCAGAGAGAACUCGCCCGACUCAAGAACCUCAAGAAGCAGCAGGCCGGAAAGAACAAGAAGGAGGGCGACCCUACCAAGCGACAGGAAUCUGACGCCGAAAUCAUGCGUCAGAAGCAGGCCAAGGCCGCCGAGAAAAAGGCCGCCGAAGCUGCUGCUGCUGGCAAAAAAUAG